GUUGAAUUUGGAGUAAUUGAAAGCAAAUGCCUCAUUCUCUUUAAAAUUGGUACCAUAUCUGCAUUUUAUGCCAUGGUGGACCUCAAUUGGCUGGUUGAUUGCUAUCCCGGCAUAGUGCAGGAGUCAACCCGGGCUUGUCCCACCAGAGCCAUAAUUGAUUGCGUGAAUUCUACUGAGCCUAUAACCACUCUCUUAUUUCCUGUGUGACUCCCAUGCCUGCUCUCCUCAGAUCUCCUCUUCCUUUUUCACUAUCUUCUGCCAACUUUAGAAAACCUGUCACUCUUCCUUCUAUUUCCUGCACUUAUCGAUCCUCUUUACUACCCCGCAUACACUUCCCCGGAGCCCGAGCCAUGAGUGCGACUGCUGCUCGACCGGAUCCCUUUCGUCCAGCCGCGAGAGUCGCUGGUCAGAGACAGGAUGUCUGGUCAAUCGUUAACGAAGCCGCUGCUGCUUCGCCGGUUCAGCCCAUUGUGAACAUGGGCCAAGGUUUCUUUGGCUACAACCCCCCGAAGUUCGCCCUUGACGCUGCGAAGGAUGCGCUGGAUCGUGUGGACUGCAACCAAUACUCCCCGACAAAGGGUCGUCCUCGCCUCAAGAAAGCCAUCGCGGAUGCCUACUCCCCGUUCUUUGGACGCACCUUGAACCCAGAUACCGAGGUCUCGAUCACCACCGGUGCCAAUGAAGGAAUGCUGAGUGCUUUUAUGGGCUUCAUUGAGCCCGGAGAUGAGGUUAUUAUCUUCGAGCCAUUUUUCGACCAGUACAUCAGCAACAUUGAAAUGCCCGGUGGUACUAUUCGUUACGUUCCGCUUCACCCGCCCACAGACGGAGCCACCCGGACUUCGUCUGCUGCGGAGUGGACGAUUAACUUUGAGGAGUUGGAGAAUGCCAUAAACCCUAAGACUAAGAUGAUCGUGCUGAACUCUCCUCACAACCCUGUUGGCAAGGUCUUCUCUAAGGCUGAACUGGAGCGUAUCGGUGAGCUCUGUGUUAAGCACAACAUUAUCAUUCUUUCCGACGAAGUCUACGACCGUCUCUACUACGUCCCCUUCACUAGGAUUGCCACCCUGUCUCCAGAGCUCUAUGAGCGCACUCUGACCGUGGCUUCCGCCGGUAAAGCAUUCUAUGCCACCGGCUGGCGUGUCGGAUACUUGAUUGGACCCGAGCAUCUGAUCAAGUAUGUUGCUGGCGCACACACUCGGAUCUGCUACAGUUCCGUGUCUCCUCUUCAAGAGGCGACUGCUAUCGCUUUUGAACAAGCAGACCAGGUUGGUUUCUGGGACGAAAGUCGCGCAGAGAUGAAGAGCAAGAUGGAACGCUUCUGUGAAGUGUUUAAGGAGCUUGGAAUUCCGUACUCUGACCCCGAAGGUGGCUACUUUGUGCUGGCCAACAUGGCCUCCGUAAAGCUGCCAGAGGACUACAAAUUCCCUCCUCAUGUGGCCAACCGUCCCCGCGACUUCAAACUCUGCUGGUUCCUCAUCCAUGAAGUUGGAGUUGCUGCCAUCCCUCCUACUGAGUUCUACACCGAUGCGAAUGAGCAUAUUGCCGAGGAUUACCUCCGUUUUGCUGUUUGCAAGAACGACGACGUUCUUGAGACUGCAAAGGAGAGAUUGCGCGGUUUGAAGAAGUAUAUCCAAUAAGCACAAACAUCUUCUGACUGCGUUACGUAUGAUUAUUUAUGGUUUUUGAGUAUUAUCAGGCGAGUACAUAUAUGAACAUUUGAUAAGAGGAAAUAAAAUUAGAUCCUUUGGGUUUUCAGAAUAUCUUGUUUGUUUCCAAUGUCUCAUGCAAGUAUAUUAUUAUGCCCUUAGCAUCGUGCAAACUGUAUUCGUACAGUAUCCUAUCCUUUCCGUUCCACUUUCUGUGCAGCAGCAGAGCCUGACUGUGGCCAGGCCCUGAGCUAUCCAAACAUGAUGACACCCAGUGUAUCAUACAGGGAUCCUUAAGCAACGCGCAAACCUUUUUCCAAACAAAAACAAUUAAAUAUUAACCCUCUC